AUGACCACGAUAGAAACGUCAACCAGGGCAGAGCAAACGAUGCUACGCAACGACUGUCUCCGAAGAGAUGGAUACCGAUGCGUCUUCUCGGGCAUGUGGGACAUUGGCGCGACUGCAAAAGGAAUUGCACACCCGCUGCCAACCGACCUUGAGUGCUAUGUCGAAUGCGCUCACAUCCUCCCCUUUGCGCUGGGCGUCUUUGACGAAAGUGAUGCCGUCCAGACACGCAACAAGGCCAUUAUUUGGUUUUGCAUCCAUCGGUACUUUCCACAAAUCCAACACAAGAUCGAUGCUAGAAGCAUCAAUCAGCGCAGCAACGCCAUGUCCCUGGAGAGGUCUCUGCACAAGUCGUUUGGGGAGUACCGUGUGGCUUUUUCGCCUCAGGAUGACCAACACCCGAACGACGUCGAGCUCGUCAAAAUCUUCGAUAGACGGCUCUUUCUACCUGCUUCGAAAAGCGGAUCAUCAAAGGUCCAAUUCAUCCGUGCCGACAGCAACGUUCCGAUGCCGGACCCCGACUAUCUCAAGGUCCAUCAAAGCAUAGGCCAGAUUCUUCAAGUGAGUGGAUUUGGUCGAGUUAUCUCGAUAGCAUUGGAGGACUCGUGGCUGGCCCUUGACUGCCGCGGGCUGCAUCCAGACGGUACCACCGAUGUGGGUGCCUUGUUGUCGAAUCUCUUGCUGACCAAUGUCCGAGCAGGCCCUACAGAAGACCAGGAUCCGAGUCCUAGGAAAUCCUGUGAUUAA